GCUUAUUAGCAAAACUGCUGAGCUUUAUUCAUCGCCUUAUUUAAUUCAGUCCGUGCAAUCUCAUUCAGCAGUUUUUCUUCCACUUCAUUCCUUUGUUUUCUCCAAAAAUAAAACAAGAAAUGUCACUCGCCAUAGAAUGCGGAGCUACGAGCUCUUCAGUUCUUUAUAUAAAUUCUGAGGCUGACCCCCCUCUUGACAUUAAGCGCUUUAAAAUGGGUUCAGCAAAUUUUAAAAUAAUGAGUUCCGUAGAGUUGGAAGGAUUUUGUUGUAAUAUAAGGAUGAAGUUGGGAAUCCAUGCUCCCGUUACCCGGGUAGGGAUCGGAAUGCCAGGGAUAAUCAGUGUAAAGGAUAAACUGGUAGUCGAAGACAUGGUGAGAAAGAUAUGGCCAAAAUCCACAUCCUGGUGGGUCGGGAGUGACGUCGAGACGGCAAUGGCAUGCUUAUCCAUUCCUCCCAAAGGGGGGCUUAAAGUAAUCGUUAUUGGAGGAACAGGAUCAAACUGCUUUGGAAGUGAUGGGAAAUCCACAAUCAAAAUCGGAGGCUUUGGACACCUUCUCGGAGACCGAGGUUCAAGCUACGCCAUUGCUCUGAGAGCAUUGAGGUUGGCUUUGCGUGAGUCUGAACAUUCGGUUAGCUUGGAGGAGGAAAAAUUGACUCAUCCACGACCGGAGAGUCUUUUAUCGCCAAUUAUGAAGAGGUUGAACUUGGAUUCAAUUCCUGAUCUUGUCACUUGGAGCACAAAUGCAACCAAAGUGGAAGUAGCUGGGCUAGCUCAGACCGUUAUUGAACAAUCGAGGGGAGGCAACGCCCUUGCACAAGGAGCCAUUGCUCAUGGUAUGUCUGAGUUGGCGGAAGACUGUAUCGCUUUGAUCAAGAAAUUUUCAAAAUCAAAAAUCGUGGAACUCGGACUAACAGGAAGUUUGUUCACAAAGAAUGAUGACAUUGCGGACAUGUUUACCAAAUUGGUUAAAAACGGAAUCGACAGUGACUCUGUGAAUAUAACGUUCACUACAUUGCACGAAACCGUACAUGGAGCAUUACAGUGUCUGAAUAACAACAACAACGAUGACAAUAACGAAGAUUUCGCUCGCAUGCUGAUAAAAAUGCAAAAAUCGUGUUACGAUGAAGAACAAGACGCGCCUGCAUCUGGUGCCCAUACCGAAGUUCAACUAGCCGAGAAAAUUCUUCCAGUCUAUUUAGGUCUUCCGCAAACGGAAUGCCGAAAUCCAAACUCGAUGAAUUUGGACACUAUGUCAAUAGGAGAGGCUGUUGAUUUAAUGAUUUCUGAAGAGUCUAAGAUCUAUGAUGCAAUUGCUAAACAAAAACCGCAGAUUGAAAUCCUUAUAGAAAAAGUUAGCUCGGCGUUGAAAGUAGGAGGUCGUCUUUUCUACGUGGGUGCUGGAACUAGUGGUCGUCUCGGAAUUUUAGACGCGACAGAAUGUCCACCAACUUUCCGCACUCAGCCAGAAAUGGUUCAGGGGAUAAUUGCUGGAGGAUUUUCUUCCGUGAGCAAAGCCAAAGAGGGGGCUGAAGAUUCAAUUAUCGAUGGAAUGGAUGCUAUCAGAGAGCGAUUUGUUAGCAACAAUGAUGUCGUUGUGGGCAUUGCAGCAAGUGGAAGGACACCGUUCGUGUGGGGGGCCAUGUACCAAGCUCAACUGUUGGGGGCAUUCGCCACAUUUCUUACUUUCAAUGUAAAACUCGACAUGAAAAUCAAACCUGACCUCGUAAUUGCGAUGGAUCUGGGUCCAGAAAUUCUCACGGGUAGCACACGUCUCAAAUCGGGAAGUGCGACGAAAUGCGUGCUCAAUAUGUUGUCAACCCUGGCAAUGGUUCGUAUGGGGAAAUGCUUCGAAAACCUGAUGGUUGACUUAAAUCCAGCCAACCAAAAGUUGAAACAGAGAGCUUUACGUAUUGUUAUGCUGAUGACUAGCAAUUUAGGAAGCGUAACGGAGGAAGUUGCGCGUCCCAUCUUAAUCAAAAACAAAUAUGAUAUUAAAACAACGGUACUGGAGUUGCGGAAGUUGAAUUCAUAGGUGUACGUACGCGUUUAUAAAAUGGUGAAACUCGCCAAAUUAAAACAUGUAACAACUGAAAAUAAAAAUAUGUAAUAUGCAACUUACAUAAAUGUGUGCAUUUGAUGUAUACCAA